GCGCCAUCACAACAACCUGACCGACGGACCGAGAGCUCUCACGUGCCUUCGCACGUGUUUGUUACGCCCGCUGUUUAGAGAGAGAAACAAUCGUCUCUCUCCUCUCCUGUAGGUGCGAAUCCCACAACCUUGGCCUAGAGAGAGAAACAUUCUACGAGGGUUCUUCUCUGUGAUCGGAUCAUCAUGUACAGGACAUCAGCUUCUCGUCUCAAGGCUCUCAAGGGUCAUGCCGGCAAUAGGUUACUAACCAGGUUUGCAAGUUCAAGUGCUGUUGCUACAAAGUCAUCUUCUUCAGGUGGUUUCUUUAGCUGGCUGACUGGGGGGAGGUCUAGUUCGCUCCCCCCUCUACAAGUCCCACUUCAAGGUGUUACCCUUCCACCGCCAUUGCCUGACCAUGUUGAAACGGGUAAGACCAAGAUAACAACCCUCCCUAAUGGUGUCAAGAUUGCCUCGGAAACAUCUCCGCAUCCUGUGGCCUCUAUCGGGUUGUAUGUUGAUUGUGGUUCAAUCUAUGAAACACCAGAACAAUUUGGGGCCACGCACCUGUUGGAACGCAUGGCCUUUAAGAGCACGAGAAACAGGAGUCACUUGCGGGUUGUGAGGGAAGUGGAAGCUAUCGGUGGCAAUGUGACAGCCUCAGCUUUGAGGGAGCAGAUGGGGUACACGUAUGGUGCUUUGAAAACUUAUGUUCCUCAAAUGGUGGAACUGCUUAUUGAUUGUGCGAGGAACCCUGUCUUCCUGGAUUGGGAGAUCAAUGAGCAGCUUCUGAAGGUGAAAGCUGAGAUCACCGAAGCUUCUAACAAUCCAUCAAGCCUGCUUGUAGAAGCAAUUCACUCUGUCGGUUAUUCUGGUGCAUUGGCAAAUUCUCUUCUGGCCUCUGAGUCUGCAAUUGGCAGAUUGGAUAGUUCCAUUUUGGAGGAAUUUGUGGCAGGAAACUAUACUGCUCCUCGAAUGGUCCUUGCAGCUUCUGGUGUUGAACAUGACGAGCUGUUAAAAUUUGCAGAACCAUUGCUUUCUGACUUACCCAGUGUUCCUCAUCCUGAGGAGCCAAAAUCUGUUUACGUUGGAGGUGAUUAUCGUUGUCAAGCUGAUUCAGGGAAAACUCAUUUUGCCCUUGCUUUUGAAGCGCCUGGUGGCUUGAUUAAGGAGAAGGAAGCAAUGACUUUGAUUGUUCUUCAGAUUCUAAUGGGAGGAGGUGGAUCCUUCUCAGUAGGUGGUCCUGGAAAAGGGAUGUUGUCAAGGCUGUAUCGUCGUGUCUUGAACCAGUAUCCACAAAUUCAUGCAUUUACUGCAUUCAACACCAGUUACACCAAUACUGGCUUGUUUGGAAUUGAAGCUGCUACUGGCUCUGAUUUUGUAUCAAAGGCCAUUGAUAUAGCCGUUACAGAACUUAUUGCAGUUGCCACACCUGGAGAAGUUGACCAAGUUGAGUUAGAUCGUGCCAAACAGUCGACAAAGUCCACCAUUCUUAUGAACCUUGAAUCCAGAAUUGUUGCAUCAGAAGAUAUUGGUAGACAAAUUUUGACACUAGGAAAUCGGAAACCUGUGGAGCAUUUCUUGAAGAUCGUAGAUGAAGUUUCAUUGAAAGAUAUUGCUUCCAUUGCUAAAAAGCUGAUUUCUUCCCCUCUUACAAUGGCAUCUCAUGGAGAUAUCGUUCAUGUUCCGAGCUAUGACGCAGUCAGCAGCAAGUUCUGUUUGAAAUGAAAUUGCUCCGUGCUAUUUUGAAAAUGGGCACGCGCAAACCUUUGAGUUUGUCCUACAGGUUAUACUGUGUAUAAUAAGAAGGAAUUCAACUUGGUCUAGGAAUAAUAUGGUGUUCUAGCGGGCAGAAUUUUGCAUUUGGAAUUACUUUGUAUGCCUUGUUUUUUGGUGUAAAGUUUUUCCAUGGUUUUGACAAACGGGUAUCGUUUGACAGAGGAAUUGUAGAUUUUUCAUGUUCGCUCAAAGUAUUGCAGAGUCUGUUUCUGGCUUUCUGCUUCCCAUUGCACAUGGGCUCUCUCA